CUUAUCCGGGACAUUUAUACAACAUGGCGUUUGUACGAGUCGGCAGUGUUUCGGACUUCGGCCGAAUCCUGCCUUAGUUUUCUUAGUUCUCUAGUUUUCCUCGCCCGAUUUUCUAAGAAUGUCGAAGACAACAAAGAAGAAGUACGUUUCUAAGGAGGUGCUUGAAGACUACGUGGAGCCUGAAGGAGAGCAGAGAAUCGCUCAAGUGCUGAACGGUAGAGGAAACAACUUGCAUGAAGUACAGCUGACGACGGGAGAGAAGUUCUUGGUGAGCAUGCCGACCAAGUUCAGACGCAACGUGUGGAUAAAGCGUGGAGACUACGUUGUAAUCGAACCGAUAGCAGAAGGAAACAGAGUGAAGGGAGAAAUAGUGCACAUACUCUAUGGUAAACAGAUAAAGUAUUUGAAACAGGAAGGUCUGUGGCCUCGGGAGUUUGACGGAGGGAAGAAAGAGGAUGCGGAGAGAGCGGGAGACGAUAGACAAGCGAAGAGUGGAGAAUCGGACGACGAUGCUGACCUGUUUGUAAACACAAAUAGAAGAAUGAUGGAAUGUGAAGAUGAAGAGGAGGAGGAGGAUGAUGAGGAGGAGGAGGAAGAGGAGGGGGAUAAGGAAUAUGUUUGACUCUCGCUUUUGCAUUGAUCGUACUGUGUUUUGACUGUUUUUGAUAGAAUUCAAAUUAUGGCAAUACAUUGUGUAUGAAUCAGUGA